UCUAACAUUGCAAAUAAUAAAUAAAUAAGUGAAUAUUAUCGACAUAAAAGCAUUAAAUUGAAAUUGUAGUUUCCUGGAAAUUGAAUUCCACAGAAUUGUACUAAAGACUUUUCUCUUUUAUCUUUUGUUCUUGUGUUGUUAGAGUUUUGUUUAUAUCUCCAAAUUUAGCAAAGAAAAACAAAAGAAGAAAAGGAGAAAAAGAAGAAGAAAAAGGAGAAGAAAAGUUAGGUUUUUGCACAGAGAGAAAGAGAUGGCUGUGGCAUCAUCAUCGUCGGCGAGUGUAGCGGUGGAAAAGGCGACGAGCGAUCUUCUAAUAGGACCUGAUUGGACUAUGAAUAUUGAUAUUUGUGAUUCUCUCAAUUCUAAUCGUUGGCUGGCAAAAGAUGUUGUGAAAGCUGUGAAGAAAAGAUUGCAGCACAAGAACCCUAAAGUGCAACUACUGGAUUUGACGCUGUUGGAAACAAUGGUAAAGAACUGUGGUGAUUAUGUCCAUUUCCAAAUUGCAGAAAAGAACAUACUAGGAGAGAUGGUCAGAAUUGUAAAGAAGAAGACAGAUAUGCAUGUAAGAGAUAAAAUUCUGGUUUUGUUGGAUUCUUGGCAAGAGGCAUUUGGUGGGCCAGGAGGGAAACAUCCUCAGUACUAUUGGGCAUACGAGGAACUAAGGCGGUCUGGGGUGGAGUUCCCCCAGCGCUCUAUGGAUGCAGCUCCAAUAUUUACACCCCCAGUCAGUCAUUUAACAAUGAGGCAUGCUCAAGCUGGAUAUGGAAUGCCUAGCAAUUCUUCUAGACGACUUGAUGAAACAAUGGCAACAGAGAUUGAAGGCUUAAGCUUACCAAGCUUGGAUUCAAUGCGGAAUGUAAUGGAGCUCUUGGGUGACAUGCUGCAAGCUGUUAACCCUGAUGAUCGUGAUGCUGUAAAAGAUGAAAUCAUAGUUGAUCUUGUUAAUCGAUGUCGGUCCAACCAGAAGAAGUUGAUGCAGAUGCUGACUACUACUGGGGACGAGGAACUUCUUGGUCAGGGCCUUGAAUUAAAUGACAGUCUACAAAAUUUGCUUGCAAAACAUGAUGUUAUAGCUUCAGGUCAUCCUAUGCCAACUCAAGUUGCUAAUUUGAGUCUGAAGCCAAGUGAGGGAUGCUCCUCUAGUAUCAAACAGAUGGAAGUAAAAGACUUUGGCUCAAGUCCUAGUAGUAAUGCCACAGUGACAGGUACUUCCACAACGAGGAGCCACCUAGACGAAGAGGACGAAGAAGAGGAUGACUUUGCACAGCUAGCUCGGAGGCACUCAAGACCACAGUCAAGUCCAUCACAGACAAAAUAUGCAACGAGUGAUGCACUUGUGCCAGUAUCCGCCAGUAGUGCAACUUCAUGCACAUCCACACCCACACCCACACCCACUGCUUCAACUUCUACUCCCAUUGCACUUGUACUUGCAAUUCCUGAUCCACCUGCACCAGUUAGGACUACAAAAGAGCAGGAUAUGAUUGACCUUUUGAGUAUCGCCUUGUCAACAACAUCAACCUCCCAUCAAUCUGACACCCCUCACACUCCACCAGCCUCUAAUCAGAGCAUGCCUCAAGCACCCGUCUCCAGCACACAGGGCAAUACUUACGUUUCCCAAACUUAUCCUGGAAACCAAGGGCAGGCAGCAUUCAACAGUUACGUUGUUCCAUGGGCCCAGCCUCAACCACAGCAGCAGUUACAAUUUCCAUCUCAACCCCAUUCACAGACCCGAAUCCAGCAACAACUGCAACCUCAGCCCCAACGUCAUCCACAGGCUAUGUCCCAGUCCCAACCUCUGGCUCAGCAGCACUUUUCAUCUCAAUCUCAACCACAACCAUGUUCUCAACCUCAGCCUCAGCCUCAGCCUCUGCAACAAUUCCAAAAUCAGUUUCAGGAACAACCAUAUUCUCAGCCUCAGCCUCAACAAGCAUUCCAAAUUGAAUCUCAACAGCUACAUACUCAGCAAAAGCCUCAAGCUCAAAUUCAGCCUGUGCCCCAGCAAAAAUUCCAACCACAGCAUCAACAGCAAUUUCAGCAACAACUGCAGCCACAGUAUACUCAGUACUCAUCUAACUAUCCCCCUCCACCUUGGGCAGCUACACCUGGUUAUGCGAAUGGCCAAAGUCAUCCAUCUACCACUAGCAAUAUGUUCUCAACUCCACAAAACAAUGCAGCUGCAUCUUAUACGCCUGCACAAGCACCUAGGUCCAUGCAACAUAACAAUUCCUUCAAUUCGAGAGGAAGCAAUGCAUUAGCCAUGAAUGGCAAUCCUUGGGCAAGUUCCGGACCUAGGAACACUACACCUCCAGGCCAGAAGCCUUUCAUUCCCUCCUACAGAUUAUUUGAAGAUCUAAAUGUUCUUGGCAAUGCAGAUGGAAGGUUUAAGAUGAAUGGAAGCACAUCACCAAGCUUGUCAGGACCUUCUAGUCAGGGGAUGGUGGGAGGGAGGAAGUGAAAUGCUAGUGGUAGAGCACAUAAGCUGGAUAUAUAUCACUGUGAAUAUGGUUUAUAUGGGUAUUUUCGUUCAGAUUGGAAUGUAUCUAAAAAGAAUUAUACAUUGAUCAGAUCAUUGUUCCAAUGUCUAUAUUUUCAUGAAGUUGCUACAGUGAUUGCCUAUUAUUAUUCUUCUGAAUCCAUGAAAUUGAAUUACUAUC